AUGUGUCAACCCUGCUUUCUUCCCCACUUGCAUUGAGCAAUGAAUACAGCAGCCUUAUCAAGAAAUUUGAGCCAUUUAAUAACAUAGAUCUGGAGAAAAGAAGACGCCAGCUUGUUAAACAUUACCCAAUGUUUACAUUUUCCAUCUGGAUGUAUUUGUUGGACUAUUGUAAAAGUAAAGAAUGUGGGAUUAUCCACCAUGUAGAUAGUAAUAAGAUGUAUACAACACCUCUACUUUUCCUGACGCCUACCGGUCAUAUCCAUGCUCAGAUGCAGCUAACGAAUGAAAUUGAUGUUGCAAUAUUAUCCCAUUUUAUUCUCCCGUUGCAUCAAUGGGUGCGUCUCGAUGUCACAUUACAUGGAAGGAUGAUAAUAUUGCAUACUUUUCUGGGACGAGAAUUAGAAAGUUAUAAAUCUCAGACUUAUAGUGUGGAUGAAGAAAUCCAUUUUGAUGAUACUGAUGGUUUUAUGGCUCUUGGGGGCAGCAAGUUUGUUGCCAGCGUAGAUGGAUUCUUUGGACCAGUGAAAUAUUACCGCCUUAAGGCUCUGCAGAUGGAUGAGAUAUCAAACCCUCUUCCAGAAGAUAACGAAGUUUAUCGCCAAAUCCAGGAUUAUUACAGCCGAUGUUUUAGCCUGAAGGACAUAGUACGUCUGUAUGUCGAUACGCAAAAAGAGGAGCACAUCAAGGAGACUAGGAGUCAAGCUAAGAAUAGUUACCUGGACCUCCACCUAAAAUAUAGAGACAGACCCACCUGUAAGCUGCUGCCUUGGACACGCGAGGAUGAAAGGAAACAUAGUCAUUUAUUUUAUCUUCUAAACUCUGCAGAGAAGACAUCAUUGGAUUUUUGGAAAGAUCCUGUACCUGCAUUUGGAAAGAAGAUAUUUGAAGGUGUUAUAAAGAACUUGUCUGAUGGUUUCCAGCAUCUAAAUUCAUCUAUCCCCGAUUUAAUGGAUUCUAGCUGCUGUGGAUAUCACAAAGCAUCUUACCUGUUGGCCAUUGCCUAUGAAAUUGGCCUAGGUGUGCCUUCUGACCCAGCCCAGGCUCUGUUAUAUAGCCUAAUUGGGGCACAAGGAGAUGAUCGACUUGCUCUGAUGAAGCUUGGAUAUAAGCAUCUUCAAGGGAUAGACACUCACAGUUUGGAUCUAGAUCUAGCACUUGCAUACUACAUGAAUGUUGCAAAGAAAACUCCAAAGGACCGAUUAGCCAGGCACACAGAACAGGCAUUUGCAGAAACCGUACGGUUAAUGGAUGACGAUAUUUUAAAGGAGCAAACCAGGGAGAAUGAUGACCUGUUUCUGUGGCUUAAACAGAACGCAGAGAGAGGAGAUCCAUAUGCCCAGCACAGAAUCGCCCAAAUGCUUUUUUGGGGUCAGCAGGGUGUGACCCAGGACACCAGAGCGGCCAUAGAAUGGUAUGAACGGGGAGCUCUUGAGAACGAAGAACCAGUGCUGAUGUAUGAUUAUGCCGUGCUGCUGUUUAAAGGUGAUGUUGUGCCAAAAAACACAAAACUGGCUUUGGAGUUAAUGAAGAAAUCUGCUUCUAAGGGACAAGUGGAAGCUCUGACUGGCUUGGGCUGGUAUUACCAUAAUUUCAAGAAAGACAACAUGAAGGCUGUGAAGUACUGGAGCGAAGCUUACGAUAGGGGGAAUGCAGAUGCAGCAUUUAAUCUUGGAGUUAUGCAUCUGCAUGGCAUCUCUCCAGAAUCUGGAGCCAAUGAAACACGUGCUUUUGAAUACAUGUCUAAAGCUUCAGAUGGUGGCCAUAUUGAAGCCUCUAUUACCAUAGCACAAUAUUUAAUCAUGGGGAGUUUAAGGAACAUACAGAGAAAUCCAAAGACAGCUGUAUUUUUGGCAAAGUUUGUGGCUGAACAAAAUGGAAAUGUUGGACUCGUUAUCAGAAAAGCUGUAAAUGCCUAUUUGGAUGGGUCACUAAAUGAGGCCUUUUUGCAUUUCAUCUUGGCAGCAGAAGCGGGUAUAGAAUCAUCUCAGACAAAUGUAGCAUAUCUCUGUGAGGAACUUCCUGAGCUGUCUUCAUUUCUUCUAAGAGAUGCCUGCGUAUUGAGGUAUUAUAAUUUGUCGGUACACCAGCCUGCUCCCUCAACAUAUGCUUUAUUGAAGAUGGGUGACAUGUAUUAUUAUGGUGGGGAAAACCACCAUAGACAUCUGGAAGAGUCAGCAAAGAUGUACACACAGGCGGCAGCGCUCGGGGAUGCUCAGGGCUUUUUCAACCUAGCUCAACUAAUCCAAGAGGGAGUCACCAUUCCUGAAUAUAUGUUAAGACAUUUGAAAUUGAAUACAUCUUGCUUUGGGGACAACCACACCUUGGUGAUAGAGCUCUAUGAAAGGUGCCAGAAUCACAGCAGUGAUGAGGGUGUUAAUCCUUGUACCCUUGUGCUCCUUUACCUUCAAGUGAAUGAUGCCUGGAAUAUAUUACUGCGUUCCCCUAUGAUGUAUUUGCUGGUAUCUCUGGUGCUGGCUGUAAUCACAGUACAAUGCAUAUAUGCAAUUCAAGAUUUGAUCUUAAACGCUAGAAGAGUCAACGGUUUGCGCAAUAGACCACCAUUAGAAGAAAACUCCUAUACCAUGGCGAAUGCAAGUGAACCAAAUGACAGCACCAACCUGGAAAAUCCCCAUUCAGAAAUAAGAAAUAUUGGCUUGCACAGAUGACACACAAUGGUGGAAGCAGAGAAUUAGGACACAUCAGAAGUUUAAGAUCAAUGUUUUACGUUCCAUCUGAGAGGACAAUAGAAGGCCAAGUUCUUCCAAAAUUUCUAAUGCUGUAAAUGUGACUUAAUGAAGGAUUAGUUUUAUUUUAAAACACAGAGAUGUAACAAACAGGGUUAUUUUAAUAAGCCAGUACAAAACACAGUGAUAUUCUGUACCCAUGGCAGCCAUGUACAUAUCGUUUAGCAAAUUAAAGCUGAUCUGUGGUAGGUUG